UGCAAUAAAAAAAUAAAGAAAACCUCUGAAUUCUAAAAGAAAAGGUCACGCAUGUGAGAACAAGGAACAAAUUUACGCAUCUCCAUGGACUCAUCAGAACCCAGCUGGUUUUUGGAUUUCGAAACUGAGGAUUGCACCAUGUUCCGACAAUGUCUUGAAGAUGAUCACGAGUUACUUUCCCUUGAGAUAGCAAGUGCCCUAGAGAACUUGCCACUACCACAGCAUCAGCAACCUUUGUUUUCGGAGAGUCACAUGUUGUAUUCCGAAACCACUAAUUUCAACAGUUCCAUCAAUCAGCCCAAAACGAAUCUCUGCAGUUGGAACUCAACCCCCAUUUCCACCAAACACUUUUCACCCAAACUUUCCUCCUCUUCCUCUUCCUCAUCUUCACCACCCUCCCAGAUUAUGUUUCUAAACAACUCAAACUCGUUGUCUGUGGAGAACACUCAGUUUCAAGGGAUUGUUUCUGCUGCGCUGAGCCCGCCGCAACAGAACAAAGGUGUUUCAGUUUCAAUCCCAGAGAACGGAACAAGAUCAUCAAAAAAUCUGAAAGACAAAGGAAUCCGCAAGACUUCCGGUCACGGUCGGAAUCACAUCAUCGCGGAAAGAAAACGGAGACAGAAAGUGAGCCAGGGCUUAAUUGCUCUUGCUGCUCUCAUUCCUGGCUUAAAGAAGAUGGACAAGGCUUCAGUGCUGGGAGACGCUGUCAGGUAUGUGAAAGAUCUUCAAGAGCGUCUGAAAAAUCUUGAAGGAAAGAACAAGAAGAAGAGAGAUGAGAAGUCUGAGGUGGUGAUGGUGAAGAAGCCACGGCUGAGCUACCACGAUGGUUCAGCUUCAGGCGACGGUGAUGGGUGUUUUAGGGAAAGCCUCCCUCGCGUGGAAGCACGAGUGUCAGAGAAGGAUGUGCUCCUUCGCAUCCACUGCGAAAAGCGAAAAGGUCUUUUGCUGAAAAUGCUUGUGGAGAUUCAAAACCUUCAUCUCUUUGUUGUGAAUAGCAGUGUCCUGCGUUUUGGAGAUUCCAACCUUGAUAUCACAAUUGUUGCUCAGAUGGGGACGGAGUACAACUUGACUAUAAAUGACCUUGUAAAGAACCUCCGCAUGGCUACUUUGAAAUCCACGUGAACAUGUCAUGGAGCGGUAGGUGAUAAUAUUGAUAAUGCAUCGCAGCACGGUUGCCCAAAACAUCAUUGAAUCUCAGAUGCUGCAUUCAAUGUCUCUGUUUUUUUAUUCCAAAAAAGGACAAAAAUAUAUGUAACUUUUUUAUAUUA